GUCAUGGGAAUCAGUUCCAGAUUUUACCAACCAAUCUCUGAGCCUCGGUCUGAAUCUGACGGAUGGUGAAACAUAUGAAGUCUGGAUUGAAGCCCAGGACAUAAUGAUGAACACAAUUGUGGAGUCAUUAGUUGUGCACAUAGACAGGAGUGUGGCUGAUAUCGCUGAUACCUGGCUUGUUAGAGAUGGAACGAGUCAGGUAUAUGUUCACAACAACACAGAUCUCUCUACGAUGGUUCUUCAGUUUCGAGCGUGGGAUGUCCACAGUGGGAUCACAUCUGUGCUGUGGGCGCUUGGAACAACUGAUGCGGCCUCAGAUCUCGGGAACGGUGCACUUCCUGCCAGGAAACUCGAUGCUCUGGUUAGGUGUCCACGAGGACCAGAUUGUUACUGUCCGUCCGUUGGGCCUUGUGAAUUCCGGAAUUACACACUGGACUUAGGCAGUACUACUCUUAAAGCCAAUAAUAUGAACACGGGUCAACACAACAGAGAGUAUUACUUCACCCUCUUCAUAACUAAUGGGGCCAUGCUGAAGAGUUUUGUUCACCUGGAUGUUCUGGUUGAUGAGUCUCCUCCUGUUGUUGGCAUCGUUCAAGAAGGGAGCAUCGAUGGUCCAGACAUCGAUUACACCAGUGAAGGGCAUGUACUGAUCAGCUGGCGAGGUUUUAUUGACCAUGAGAGUGGUAUCAGAUAUUACAUCUUAGGCUUAGCAGACAAUUGUCUAAGUAUUGGUGAACUGAAGCAAACACAUUCGAGCGAUAUCAUCAUUCGAAAAGCAGCAACAGAAAGUGUAUCACUAGUUUUCCCUAAAGAAGGCAGGUACUUUACUUCACUUGUUGCUGUGAACAAUGCUCUAGAGCCUUCUGAUGUUAUCUGCUCAGAUGGUAUUACAUUUGAUCUCUCCCCACCAAUCAUAGAAAACAUUACCCUCCUCCAGGCAUCUUCUUUAUCUAGUCUCCAAUGCAUAUUUGAUCAACCAUGGUUAAUCAACUCCAAUAUGACAAUGGCUAGGCUUCCAAUGAUGCAGUUGUGUCAGGAACGAUGUCUUAACAACCCCGACAUGAAUCUGCGUUUUCCAAUAGUAUAUGGAAGUUACAUAGACAACGAGACAGCUGAUAGCCUGUGUAGGGAUCUACCGUAUCUGAAUGAGACUGUCAUUUAUGUGCCGUUUCACAAAGUUGUUCUAAACUGGAGUCUAAGUGAAAACGAAAGCCAAAUUCGCGAUUCCUUCGUCGGGUUUGGGUAUGAUGCGUCAACAUAUAACAAGCCAGAUCUAGCCAAUUAUAAAUCUACCCAUAGGAAGACGAGUUUCCACAUUCAUGAAACUGGUUUUGAUAGUAGGACAGAGUUUUACAUAUUCAUCAAGACAGAGAACAAGGCUGGCGUCUCAUCAGUGGCAACCCUUGGUCCUGUGAUGAUAGAUGACACUCCCCCAGAGGUUCACGGGACACUAGUUCCAGAGAUAUUUGGGGAUCAUAUCAGAGUCACCUGGACCAACCACACAUUCUCAGACCCUGAAGAAGUACAUCAGCAGUUCACAGUCACUUACCGGGCGGUUAUGGACGAAGACUAUGUUACACCAAUACUGCAGACUCCUUCUGGGGCAAGUGAGAUGUGCAAAGCUGAGGGACAUGCUGGCUGCAUCCAGUAUCCAAUGGUCCUUCUGCAGCGUCAGGACUCAGAACUUGGAAAACGAUGUCUCUUUGAGUUGUAUGUUUACAAUUCAGCCGGCCACUUUACUACUGUUAGAACAGAGUCAAUCCGUCUUCCCUCACUAUUCCCUCCUGGUCCAGCUCUGGUCGAAGAUGUAGAUCCUUCAGAUGUCAACUCCUUGACAGAUGUUGACUUCCACCGUCAGUAUUCAGCUUGUGCCCACUGGUCUGGAUUCAAACAUCACAGAAACGUCACCUUUGAGAUAGGCAUCGGGUCAACAGCAGGUAUGGAUGACGUAGCAACGUUUACUGGUGUGACUGGGACGGAUAUACAAACAGCUUGUAUCAAGUCACCCACUCUCUCGACGUUUGUCAAGUACUUUACAUCUAUUCGGGCGAAGUGUUCGGGUGGAGACACUGUUUCGUCGUCAGAUGGCUUUAUGAUUGUGGCAGAUGUUCCUCAUUCCAUUUCUGUCUAUGAUGGCCCAACGUGUGAAUUAAAUGAUGAAAGACUGGUUAACUUUCUUGAUUUACAUAACCUUUCCCACAGUAUGAGCGUUAACGUUACAUUCGACAAUCCACUGCAUCUUGGGCACCACUACAGUGCUGUAGUCAGAAACAUCACAACCUUUGAAGGCUUCUCAUUUCUCUCAGAUGAUGUAUUCACCACUGGAAGCAACAUGGUAGAUAAUUCAACUUACCAUGUAGAGUUUUUUCCUCUUACAACAAAUCCAAAUUUCCAAUUAAGGUUCGUAAAAGGUAGUAGUUACAACAUUGAAGUGUACAGAUGUGUUCAAGAUGUUGACUAUCAGGUUUCAACGACAUCCUACACACUACAUUGGGAGGGUAAUAGUGAAUACACGAGUUUUGCCACCAAUUACCAUCUCCAGUUACUGGAAAGGACAUGUAAUGACAACAAUGAAACCUGUUUCAGAAUCAUUAGCGAGACAACGGUUAAAGCAGGAAGAGGUACAGCACAUUGUAUAAAAAAUCUAAAUUUAAAAACUGAACACCAUUAUUUGGCUUCUAUAUCGCCUUGCUAUGGACACAUUUGUAUGACAGGAGAGUUGUCUAAUGGUUUGAUAGUGUCUGAAAUUCCAGAGAUUUUGAAUAUCGUUUCUGUCGUACUAGAUGAAACUGGAGACUGUACAAACAUAUCUGUUGAAGUAGAAAGUAUUGACUGUGGAGAGUCCUUAAAGAUAUCUGGGAGCUGCAUCAUUCAAUGGGCAAUCGUCAAGUCCGAAUCAGAUGUCAGCCCGGUUACAACGUGGGUGCAAGAAGAUUCUGGAACUUGCAAUGUCAAGACCUCUAGAUGCCUGAAGCUACCGAUCCACUCCUAUCAAAAACUGUUCACAUGUGUACGAGUCUUCUGUCCAUCUGGGCAGUUUGGUUCCAAAUGUUCUGAGUUGACAUUGAACCCAUACGCUACGUCGUAUAGUGAGCAUGCACUAUUUGAGCUACCUGCAGAUGAUCAGCGAAUUGCCAAUAUUGAAGACAUUCUCCACAGUGAACGACUUGGCACAAGACUAAAGCUACUACAUGAGCUGGAUGUUGACUUCAUCAACAGCAGCAGUAGAGUAAGUGCUGUCAUCACCAAUACAGCUGGCCGCAGCGUCACUUGGUUCAUCAUGAGGGGAAUCCAACAGGUUCCAGUGUAUGACUGUGUCUCUGAUAUAUCUUGUUUGACAUGGAAAUUUACACAAACUGGAUUUGUCAGGUUUGGUAGGAUUGACUUUGAUGAUUCCGAAUCAUAUUACAUAUGUGCCAAUGUCAGUGAAAAUACAGAAAAGGAACUAUUGUCCUUCACCAUUUGCGGAAAUGGAUUUGUGGUGGACAAGACUCCCCCUGUUGGAGGUUCCGUCAGUGUAACUAACACAGUGUCUGGCUACAUCACCGAUCCCUCAAGGAUGGUCAUUACAUGGUCUGGGUUCUCUGACAAGCAGCCACAUGGAGUUGCAUAUGCCAACGCAAUCAAGUCAUACUCCAUUGCUAUCGGGAACUAUCCUCAUGGUCAAAAUGUCAUGGCAUGGAAAAAGAUUGGUGAACGCACAUCCUUUCAAGCUGAGGGGCUUUCCAUCAAGACUGGUGAAGUGUACUAUGUCGUCAUCAAAGCUGAAGAUCAUGUUGGUCAUACGACAGAGAGUAUUUCUCCUGAAGUAGUAGGCGAUCUUACUCCUCCUGCAUGUGGUGAGAUUCAGGUUGAAGGGCUGUACCCGCAUAAGAAGGUUUUGAGGACAAAGACACUUCGCAUCCAGUGGAAGGAUAUCCACGACCCCGAAAGUGGCAUCGAGUCCUACCAUCUGAAUAUUUUCACAUCCGUCAACAAAGAAGCGUCACCUUUACGUUUUGGAACAGAAACGAAAUCUACAACUAUUCCAAUCGAUGAUACAUUUAUUGGAUGGCAUGCCUAUCAAAUCAGAAUUCAGGCCACCAACAAGGCCCUGCUUUGGUCUCUGUGCAAAUCCAAGUCAUUCAUUAUUGACAACUCCCAACCAUAUGCUGGUAUUGUUCGAGAUGGUUCUAUUCUCAUUAAGGAUGAGGUGGAUUAUCAAAGCAGCACAACUGGUUUAGGUUGCCACUGGACUGGGUUUCACGACCCACACUCUGGGAUACAGGACUACAGAAUAGGACUUGGGACUUCACCAGGCGUUUGGGAUGUCAACCCUCUCUUGUCUGUUGGACUGCGGACAAAUCAUACCUGGACACAUGCCUUCAUCCCUGGAGUGAAGUACUACAGUACAGUCGAGGCAUGUAAUAAUGCAGGGCUCUGUGUCACUACAUCUUCUGAUGGCGUCGUUAUGGAUGGAUCCGCUCCUGCAGCUGGUGUUGUUACUGUUGGUCACACAGACACUCAUAACAAAUAUCACGGUCACAGAUCAUAUGUCCACAGUAAAUGGGUUGGUUUUGAGGAUGCUGAGACAGGAAUCCACCAUUUUGAGUGCUGUAUUGGACAGAGAUCGGGGUCUUGUGACACAAUGAAUUUCACCAACACUGCCCUCUCCGAUUCUUACUUGGCAAGUGGGCUGCACCUACCACUGUCUGUUCCUCUGUUUGUGACAGUACGAGCAUACAACCCUGUAGGUCUGUUUGUUGAAGCCGUCUCCCCCAGUUUUGAAGUUGACGACACUGCACCUGAAGUUGUCGAUAGACCAGUGUUCAUAUCAACAUUACCAGAUGGUCCCGAAAACAUCACCAUACAGUGGGAUAACAGUGUCCUGUAUUCACGGUGGAAGUUUGUUGAUAAUGGGAGUCCAAUACAUGAGCACAUACUUAGCUUUAAAACUCACCACGAGUCAGCAGUAGCAGUAGAACAGAUUACCUUAGGACCACAGAACUCGUAUUUACUGAUUUUGCCGAAGGAAAAGCGACUUAGGAAUGGAGACAAAUACCAACUGUCGGUGACUUCCUGCAACCGUGCAGGCUUGUGUACAACGUCACACAGCAACAACAUUCUGAUUGAUUCUACUUCUCCAAUAGUGGGAGGCUUUAAGCCACCAUUAACGUGGCAAACUAUCAGUGUCAAUGGAUCUGAACUAACAUUUGUCAAUCUUACCUGGUAUGGGUUUUCAGAUGCAGAAUCAAACAUUUCCUGCUAUCACCUAAAUGUUGGAACGUCGUAUGAAGGUGGCGAACUAACAAAUGGUACGGUUACAGUCAGCCAUGACCCAUCUGUGAAGGAACAGUCAAGCACAAUCCAGCUAACACAGACUCUUGGUGGAGGGGAAAUCAUUUUAUCUAUUUGGGCUGAGAAUGACGCACAUCUUCUGAGUCAUGUUGGUAAAGUUACCGUCUCAAUUGUAGCAACAGAUUACAAGAAGAGACGUGAGGGAACACUAGAACUACAGCGUCACUCCUGUGACACUCACUACUGUACUGAUGAUUGCACAUGUGCAGUGGUUGGGCGGAAGUGUAAUCCACCUUCCACGCCCGUUACCUGUCGUGAUAUGUCAAAUGUCACUCACACAGGCUUGUGGAUGUCCAAAUACAUCCAAGAGCCCGUAACCAAUCCGGCCUGUACAUUACACCUUCUCUGUCUUGUAUUGCUGGAUAUUGGGAGAUGGAUACAACUUACGCAAUGCAGCGAUAUGAGUGGUGCAUGGGGCUUCUAAACGAGCCUUUUGGGGCUGGAAUAUUUAAAACUAGUGAAGAAAGUUUCUGGUAUGAUGUAGGAAGGAGGACUGAGAUAGUCCACUGUCUGCCAUAUGGCCGAGCCCUAGAACA